GUGAGAAAUACAAUGUGUUGCGGGAGAGCGUGAAUGCGUGAGAAAAGCCGCAAUGCGUGACUGUCACUCUCAAUGCGUGACACUUGACAGCCCUGCGUACUAUAUACUCUCACUUCCCUGUAAAAUGGCAUGUAUAUAGGUCUAGUCACUGUAGCCAAUCAGCGUUCGUUCCUCUAGUCAGGCGUCGCCAUGAGCCAAUCACAAGCGCGAUAAAAUCACAUGAUCAUUGUUUUUUUCCUCUGCCCUAGAUGUUAUUUACCUCAGAGAAACUGUCAGCUGGAAUAACCUCAAUAGGCCAAAAGUUCGCUUUUUAAUGCCUUUUCCUUUCUAAACCCAGUAACUUCUACAGGCAUUUCAACAACAUAAGGAUGUGUUACCUGAUUGUUAACUUCACUGAAGUGAAGGCAUGAAUUUUAUAUGGGUUUCGGAGUCAUAUUCGCUGUCUCUGAAUAAGGCAAUACACUUGUGGUACACACAAGGCCAGAGGUUCGUGACUCUCUCGGUCUCACCGCUGUCUCAUCAUCUGGUUGGUCAUCUUCAUUUCAAAAGUUCUUUGCGCUACCGAUUUGGAGACAUCCAGCGCAUCCAGAAGUGCAGCAUCCUGAGAUUAUGUCCCUGCCGAAAUAAUUCCCUCAAGCACAAAGAUUUGCUUUACACCAGUGCUUCCAAUUUCAGUUCCACGGCCUGCCUUCGUUCCAUCGACCAGAGCUAUCGCAUGUCACGCCUCAAGACCACGUUGGAAUCCGUAUCAAAAGCCGUGAGUGGGACGCAAGCAGAGUUUCUCUCCAGGAUAGCACGGCUCAAACCCGGUGCCAGAGACGGCGGCGCCGGUGCAGAGACAACACCUCUUCAAAAUACAUCUACGCCAGCACUUGUAUCUCAUCCACCAUCAUCUAAUGCAGCCGUAACAUCAAGUACAAGCCUUCCUGUAACCUCCUCUGCCUCGGCCCCGUAUGUCCAAUCCGAAGUAAAAUCUAAAAAAUCUCAAUCUCAGACCUCUAAAACAAAUGGACAAGAUACACCCACAGCAUCUACGUCAGCAACUCCGCCCACCAUCUUUACAUCCUACAGACCGAAUACACAUCUCUUUCACCCAAGUUCCUUCAGCGCCAACUUAGAUGAGACGUACAGUUACCUGGCGCACCACAUAAACUCUCAUUUUAGCGGCUACGCUACAGAUAAGGAAAAAAAGACGGAGGCAAACGAUUGUUCGGAUCAGUCGUCUAAUUCCAGCCAUCCAGCCGUCGAUAACCCUGAAGUAUCUGCUCCUGUGUCAGACUCAGGUUCUGCCUUGUCACCCAAAAAAGGCCUAGGACAUUAUCUGACAUACAAACCUACCGUCCAGGCGUUUGUAGGGAACUACAUCACCCCUUUAGUUCCCAGGUUUAUGACCGAAUCAAAUCGUGUGCUUCCAGAAACGGAUAAAUCUCUUCCUCCUGAAAUGGUCGAGGACAAAGAGAAGAAAGCAGCAGAGGAAAAGGCCAGGAGACUAAUGCUUCAAAGAGAGAAGAUCAUUGCCCGAGUGAGUGUGGAUAAUCGAACACGAGCUCUGGUCCAGGCCCUGCGCAGAGCAUCAGAUGUGAGGCUUUAUAUCAGCAGGGUGGAGGAGCUGAGCUACCAUCUGUUGGAGUUCCCUGAGACUAGGGUGGUGGCUGUCAAGGAGAAGGUGAUUCCAUGCUUGCUGCGCCUGAGGAAGGCUAACGAUCUUUCUCUAAAGGCGGCGGUCAGAGAGGCCCUCACUCUCGUAGGCUACGUCGACCCAGUGAAAGGCAGAGGGAUUCGCAUCCUGUCCAUCGACGGUGGAGGCACGAGAGGACUGGUGGCCCUUCAGUGCCUACAGAAGCUGGAAGAGAUGUCGGGAAAAUCGAUUUACCAGCUGUUUGAUUACAUCUGUGGUGUGAGCACAGGUGCAAUAUUAGGCUUCAUGCUGGGUGUAUAUCAUUUUCCACUGAGUGAGUGUGAGGAGAUGUACAGAAAGCUGGGCUCUGAUGUCUUCAGGCAGAACGUCAUCGUGGGUACCAUGAAGAUGGGCUGGAAUCACGCCUUCUACGACAGCGAAAUCUGGGAGAAAGUUCUGAAGGAAAGAAUGGGCUCUGACCUUUUGGUUGAAACCUCAAGAAACCCUGACUGUCCAAAGGUGGCAGCAGUGAGCACUGUUGUAAAUAAGGGCACGCCCUUAAAGGCAUACGUAUUCAGGAACUACAACCUGCCAGUAGGCGUGCGCUCCCACUACAGAGGCGGCUGCCAGCACAAGCUCUGGGAGGCAAUACGAGCUUCAUCAGCUGCUCCUGGAUACUUCCAGGAGUUUGCACUGGGCACAGAUUUACACCAGGAUGGUGGUUUGCUGAUAAACAAUCCAACAGCUUUGGCCAUCCAUGAAUGCCAGUGUCUGUGGCCCGGCACUCCCCUGCAGUGUGUGGUUUCUUUGGGCACAGGGCGCUUUGAGUCGUCCAGCAAGAACAACGCCACGUAUACAAGCCUGAAGACUAAACUAAACCACGUCAUCAGCAGCGCAACAGACACCGAAGAGGUGCACACCAUGCUGGAUGCCUUGCUGCCUCCCAACACGUAUUUCCGCUUUAACCCCUACAUGACCGAGGACGUGGCCCUGGACGAGAGCCGCAGCGAGAAGCUGAACCAGCUGCAGGCUGAAGGAGUGAGAUACCUGGAGCGCAACGAGGAGAAGUUAAAGCAAGCCGUCGUCACUCUCACGAAGGAGAAGAGCUCGGCUCAGAGGCUGCUCGAAUGUCUCCGUGUCAAAUCACAAAUGUACAGCGACCUUCCGGUCCUUUCAAAACUUUAAAGGAAAUGAUGUCAUGGUGUGAAUUUAGACCAGGAUCAUGGGCACAAAUGCUGAAAUUACUUCUAAAGGUCUAUUAUAAAAAACACUGGAAUAUCUGCCAAAAAUCACGACAGUGUCUAAAAGUAUGCGUCAUUUAUAUAUAACGAUAAAAGCACUUAAUGUAAAGAUCUGCAGGACAAACACAAGUUAGACAGAAUCAAAGCCAAGCUUUAGCACAGCUGCUAUAUUACUGUAUUUAUCACGACUUAGAGAAAAUUCACAUACUUUCAAAUACACCAUAAACGAUUCAGUUCAUGUAGUAAUUUGCACAGAUCCGCUUACGUCCCAAAUAAACGUAUAUAUAACGUUUUCAAUGUUUUUAUUCACGUAGCAUCGAUACUCCGACAUCAGAUUAGUGCUGUCGAGUUAAAUCUGGAACAAACUCGUACACUAACGUUUGUUUUCCUUGUCAUGUCUCUCCGUAAAGAGUUUAAUGAGUUAGUGUUUUUUUAACUGACCGCUGUGUUGUUAAUUAUGAUGUUACUACAUUUUGUGCCUAAGCACAAAUGACUCACUGUUGUAACCCGUGCACGAGUUCGAACAGACAUUUAAAGUAUUCCGUUCUUUUACCUCACUCUGACGUAUGGAAGAACUUUUAACCCCAACCGCAGCUCUUUUUCUUUUCUUUUAUUGUACAGUCGCUUCUUGUUCUUCACAAUUGUGCAAUUGCGAUGUUAAAUAUCUUUCACCUGGA